GGGUGCGGUCUGGCGCCCGAGGGGAGGGGGCGCGGGCCGCGCACGGGAGCGCGGGCGGCCGGGGGGCGCCCGGGAGGGGCGGGCGCUGCGGCCUGAGCCGGAAGUGAGUGGUUGGUGGCGGGCGCCGGGGAGCGAGCCGCCGGGCGCGAGCCGGGCCGCCAGCGGGUCGCCGGGCCCUCAGCCCCGCCUUCUGCGUCUUGGCCGGACGCGGCCGCACCUCGGAUCCGCCGCCGCUGGGCGCUGCGGCCGCCCCGCCCGCCGCGCGCUCCCGCCCCCCGCCCCCCGCCAACGCCCGGUCGGUCGUUCGGUCGUUCGGUCGGUCAGUCAGUCAGUCAGUCAGUCAGUCAGUCAGCCAGCCAGCCAGCCAGGCAGCCACGGCGCGCGCGGCGCGGGAGCUGCGGGCGCUCGCGGGGUCUCCGGGGAAGGAGCGGCGCGCCCGGAGCAGAGGCGGCGGCGGCGGCGUUGGCUGGAGAAGCGCGAGCGGCCGCCCGGGGUAGUCGGGCAGCCCGAGGGGCGAGCGGCUGCCGCGAUGGAGCAGCUGUCAGAUGAAGAAGUUGAUCAUGGUGCUGAAGAAGAUAGUGACAAAGAAGAUCAGGACCUGGACAAAAUGUUUGGAGCCUGGCUAGGGGAACUAGACAAGCUUACUCAGAGUUUGGAUUCUGACAAGCCCACUGAACCAAUAAAAAGAUCACCUCUUCGCCAGGAAACAAACAUGGCCAAUUUUUCUUACCGCUUCUCCAUAUACAACUUGAAUGAAGCAUUGAAUCAAGGAGAAACUGUGGAUCUCGAUGCCCUGAUGGCCGAUCUUUGCUCCAUAGAGCAGGAGCUCAGCAGUAUUGGUGCAGGAAAUAGUAAGCGUCAAAUUACAGAAACAAAAGUCACUCAGAAAUUACCUUCUAGCCGACAUGCAUCAAAACAUGGCACCUUGAAAGGAUUGUCUACUUCAUCUAAUAGGAUAACUAAACCUUCACAUGCCAACUACUCCCUGGAUGACAUCACGGCACAGUUAGAACAGGCCUCCUUGAGCAUGGAUGAGGCUGCUCAGCAAUCUCUACUAGAAGAUCCUAAGCCCUUAGUUACUAAUCAGCACAGAAGAACAGCCUCAGCAGGCACAGUGAGCGAUGCUGAAGUUCGCUCUAUUAGUAACUCCUCCCGUUCUAGCAUCACUUCAGCCGCUUCCAGUAUGGAUUCUUUGGAUAUUGACAAAGUAACACGCCCUCAUGAACUGGAUUUGACACACCAAGGGCAGCCAAUUACUGAGCAUGCUAUUUCUCUGAGAUGUUCCAGCAAGCAGGCCAAGCGUCAUAUUGACUUCACAGAAGAACAGGCUGAGCUGACACCUCACUCCUAUCUGGACAGGGAAACCUCCCUUCUUCUGAGAAACAUUGCAGGAAAACCUUCUCAUUUGCUGACCAAGGAAGAACAGGCAGCAAAGCUGAAAGCUGAGAAGAUCAGAGUUGCAUUGGAGAAGAUUAAAGAGGCACAAGUGAAAAAGCUGGUGAUUAGAGUCCACAUGUCUGACGAUAGUUCUAAAACAAUGAUGGUGGAUGAGAGGCAGACAGUGAGACAAGUGCUGGAUAACCUGAUGGACAAAUCUCACUGCGGUUACAGUUUAGACUGGUCAUUGGUGGAAAACAUCUCUGAGUUACAAAUGGAGAGAAUCUUUGAAGAUCAUGAAAACUUGGUUGAAAACCUUCUAAACUGGACAAGAGAUAGCCAAAACAAACUUCUCUUUAUGGAGCGUAUAGAAAAAUAUGCACUUUUCAAAAACCCACAGAAUUACCUUCUUGGAAAAAAAGAAACUGCUGAGAUGGCAGAUAGAAACAAAGAAGUACUGUUGGAGGAAUGUUUUUGUGGCAGUUCUGUGACUGUACCAGAAAUUGAAGGAGUCCUUUGGUUGAAAGAUGAUGGCAAAAAGUCCUGGAAAAAACGUUACUUUCUCUUACGAGCAUCUGGUAUCUAUUACGUCCCUAAAGGAAAAGCAAAGGUCUCUCGGGAUCUAAUGUGCUUUCUCCAGCUGGAUCAUGUCAAUGUUUAUUAUGGACAGGACUAUCGAAACAAAUAUAAAGCACCUACAGACUAUUGUCUGGUGCUAAAGCACCCGCAGAUUCAGAAGAAAUCUCAGUACAUCAAAUACCUUUGUUGUGAUGAUGUGAGGACACUACACCAGUGGGUCAAUGGUAUUCGAAUUGCAAAGUAUGGGAAGCAGCUCUAUAUCAACUAUCAAGAAGCCUUGAAAAGAACAGAAUCAGCUUAUGAUUGGACUUCUUUAUCCAGCUCUAGCAUUAAAUCAGGAUCCAGUUCUUCCAGCAUCCCAGAGUCUCAGUCCAAUCACUCUAAUCAGUCUGAUAGUGGAGUGUCCGACACCCAGCCGGCAGCACAUGUCCGUUCCCAGAGCAUCGUGAGCUCCAUCUUCUCUGAAGCCUGGAAGCGAGGGACUCAGCUGGAAGAGUCCAGCAAGGCCAGGAUGGAGUCUAUGAAUCGACCAUACACUUCACUUAUGCCCCCGCUGUCCCCACAACCUAAGCUAGCCGCCCCCUACACUGCCUCGCAGCCCUCCCCACCUCUCCCGCCCCCGCCGCCGCCGCCCCCGCCCCCACCACCCCCACCUCCGCCACCACCCCCUCUGCCCAGCCAGUCUGCGCCCUCUGCGGGCUCGGCGGCCAACAUGUUCGUCAAGUACAGCACCAUCACCCGGCUGCAGAACGCGCAGCACUCCGGGCCCCUUUUUAAGCCACUACCAUCCUUAGUGAUGCAGCCGCCGCCCGUGGCCUCCCAGUCAGGAAAGCCCCAGAUCCUGGUGCCCCCCAGCGGAGUUGUUCCCCCACCCCCUCCGCCACCUCCACCGCCGACCCCCGGCUCUGCUAUGGCACAGCUGAAACCAGCACCUUGCACGCCAUCCCUCCCGCAGUUCAACCCCCCACCUCCUCCUCUGAAGAUCCAUCACGUUCACCACAUGCAGUCUGCGGCGCCCCCAACACCUCCCCCACCUCCUCCCGUCAUCGCGCCCAUCCCUCCCCAAGCCCCACCCAAGCCCACGGUGACCGUCCCCGCACCAGCCAGCACCAAGACUGUGCCACCUGUUGCUACACAGGCAGUGCCGCCCACACCCACCCCUCCCGUCCCACCGGUCAAAAAGCAGCCCGCGUUUCCUGUCCCUCACGUUCCGCCCUCCUCCCCUGCUCUGCCCAGCCCAGGGCCCCCACCGACCUUACCGAAGCAGCAGAGCUUCAGCGUGAAGCCGCCGCCCUCCCCGCUGUCCCCCGUGCCCUCGGUGGUGAAGCAGCUCGCCAGCCAGUUUCCGCCCCCGCCAGGCGCUCCUCCCCCAGAGUCGCAACCUUUGAAGCCCUUAGCAGCGAACGUGACCCCACAGUCCCCUCCCGCUGUGAAGGCCAAACCCAAGUGGCAGCCCAGUUCCAUUCCUGCCCCAUCCCCGGACUUCCCGCCGCCUCCGCCUGAGAGCAGCUUAGUGUUUCCUCCCCCUCCACCUCCAGCACCUGUGCCCACCCCUGUCCCCACCCCUCCGCCGCCGCCACCACCACCACUGCCACCUGCCACACCCACAGCUGCUCCCGCCCCGGACAAAAGCGGAUCUCCAGGCAAAAAGACUGGGAAGACGUCCAGCCCCGGCGGGAAGAAGCCUCCCCCAACCCCGCAGCGCAACUCCAGCAUGAAGUCUAGCAACUGUGCCGAGCACCCUGAGCCCAAGAGACCCUCGGUAGAUAGUCUAGUCAGCAAGUUUGCGUCGCCAGCCGAACCCUCUGGGUCUCCCAGCAAGGAGACCCCGCCACCGCCCGCAGCACCCCCGAAGCCUGGGAAACUAAAUCUUUCUGGGGUUAACUUUCCUGGAGUUCUCCAGCAAGGGUGUGUGCCAGCAAAAGCACCAGUUUUGAGUGGGCGUGGCAAGGAUUCCGUGGUUGAAUUCCCUUCUCCACCAUCAGAUUCCGACUUUCCACCCCCUCCACCUGAAAUAGAGCUUCCUCUGCCCCCCGUGGAAAUUCCGGCUGUGUUCGCAGGAAGCACCUCACCGAAGGUGGCAGUAGUCAAUCCCCAGCCACAACAGUGGUCCAAAACGUCAGUGAAGAAGGCCCCACCACCCACGCGACCCAAGCGGAAUGACAGCACCCGCCUCACUCAGGCAGAGAUCUCUGAGCAGCCCGCCAUGGCCACAGUUGCGCCACAAGUGCCCACCUCACCCAAAUCCAGCCUUAGUGUCCAGCCUGGAUUCCUGGCUGACCUCAACCGGACACUGCAGCGGAAGUCCAUCACUCGGCAUGGCUCGCUCUCUUCGUCACGUAUGUCCAGAGCAGAACCCACGGCCACCAUGGAUGAUAUGGCCCUGCCACCACCACCCCCUGAACUGCUUUCUGAUCAACAGAAAGCUAGCUUGGGAGGCAGUCAUAUAUCGGGCUAUGCAACAUUGCGGAGAGGACCCCCUCCAGCUCCCCCCAAAAGAGACCAGAACACUAAGCUCUCAAGAGACUGGUAGCUACCCUGGGACUCCCGUUUUUAUGGUAUCUGUAAUUGGUUCUACAAUCAGCUCACCUGAUCACUGAUGAACUCAGGUGUUCAGAGGCUCCUGGUGUGAUGAUGUUAUUCAGGUAGUGUCCAGCUGUAUGUGUAUGUGUGUGUGGACACACAUAGCUAUAGUCUGUGUAUAUAUAUGUAUACAUAUGUGUGUAUAUGUGUAUAUAUAUAUAUAUAUAUAGCUGAGUGAUUCUAUUUAUUCCAUUUCUUUCCUGGUCUGAAAAUGGGUUUUGUGUAUUUUGGGUGGAAGAGGCAUGGAAGGGAAUGUGAGUCCUGUCCCUUAUGAUUUGUUAUUAUGUGGAUUGGAGCAAAAGUUUCUAAGUAAUUUAGAUGGUAUUUUAUACAUGUGUCAUGUGCAGCCUAUCUGUGCAUGUUGUGUAUUAUAUAUUAAGGAAUAGAUGUAUAAUGUGCUGUUUCUCAGUUCGAGAAGACAACCAGAAUCUUUGAUAUAUCGAUGGGCCUUUGUGGUUUUUUUCCCCUCACAGCUGGUUUAAAUUUGAACUGCUUGACUGACAAUUACUAUACAUAAAGGGGCACUUUAAAAUCAGGAAAAAAAAAUCAGCUUCAUAGAACGGGUAAAUGGUGGUGUGUGAGAUUUUCAUGGACACUAUCUCUGUAUGUGACUAUAGUCAGAGUAAAUACUUCGUUUAAUCCAACUGUUCUAGUUGCAAUACUGCUCACUGAUCCCACCAAAUCUAGGAUGUGUUCAUCACAGGUAAGCUCUUGGCCUACAAUCCGUAGAUAAUUCAGUGCUAUAAUCCUGGAUAGUUUUUAUUCUGCCAGAAUCCUUUUCAUGAGCUUUCUGAAGCUUAAUCAAGCUUGGUUUCAGAUUGUUGAUGUGAGAGAAUACCCAAUACUGUAUCCCUGGAAUGGUCUGUCCCAGUAUGUCUUCAGGUUACCAGUUAUCUUCUUACAGUGUGUGCUUAGGUAGAUACUGAAAUUAGAUAUUGUAGACAGUUAAUGUAUAAAAUACACACAUCCUUUGUCUAAUAUGGUACAUCAUUACAAAAAACACCUCCUGAAAUGUGUCUCUGUGUAUCACUACAAGUUUGGGCAAUUGGAAAACAAAGUGACAAUUGGGAAAUGUGACUCAAUUAGGUUUUAUUUGCCUGUCUGUCUAUGGACAUAAUGUAUAAUACAAAUAGAGUAUGAGACAGGACUAUCAGGCAGGGAAAGAAAGUAAAUGAGGUUUUUGACAGUUCACCCAUAGCCAACCGCUGCAGUAUACUAGGAUCCUUUUUUCGCUAAAGAGAGCUGUCCAGGUUAGCAGUUCUGUUGGAAUAGUGUAGUCCAAACACAGUAAGUGUUAUUACAUAUUAUGCAUGUGCAAUUUGGUGUGACAUGGACUCGUCUCUCAGAUGCAAACCUGUAAUUUUAUAAGCCUCAUUAUACUCAUACAUGCUUCCCCCUUGGUAGAAAAAUGUGUACUGUCUCAUCAGUUUAUGAUGUUAAAGUGACCAUUAGUAAUAAAAGGCUACCUUAGAGCUGCUAAGGGGAAUAAAAACUAGUCACCCCAGUAAUGAUAAAUGAACACAUUGUGUAAUGAACGUGUAUGCCUGUUGUAAGGAUUACUGUUACAAACUAUAAAAAUCCUUUGACAAUAUCUCAUAAGGGAAAGGGUGAUGACAAUAUAGUGGGGCAGAGAUGAUAAUUCAAGAAUAAGUGAAAGUGGUACCAUAUAUACACCAGAUAAGCCACUCCGUGAAAGUAUUUCUUCAUAGAGAAUAAACACUACCUUUCCACUGCUGCAUCUCCAGGAUAUUGCUGAAUAUAAUGUGCUCAUGGAACACUUAAGAUUGUAUACCUGGGCCACGGACAUAGCUCAGCAGUAGAGUAUUUACCUUGCAUGGAUGAGGCCCUGGGUAUCAUUCCCAGCAUUGGGGGUGGUGGGGAGGAGGGAGCCUUCCUUCUUUAAAAGAUAACUUUUUAGGUAUUUUUAUUGUUCACAAACUCCUGUGUGCUUGAUAACAUGUUUAUGAAGUGACCUUUAACACCUCUUUCUUUUAAGCAUGCACAGCAACUUGGAUAACUGUUUAUGACACAGAUUGCCAAACUGCACUGUGAUUAUGAGUAAAGUCAUUUUCUGUAAUCUUCCUGUAGCUGUAUAUUCAAAGAAUCACUCUUAUUUGGAAAAUUAGGUGAGGUAAAGAGUUUCUUAAAAAAAAAUCAAUCAUAAUUCAUCACUGUUGUGUUUUGGGGUGAUAAGGGUUGGUAGGGAGUUUUUUGUGUGAUUUACAUGAAGGGCAACUUCAACUUUCCUGGAGGGAAAUAGAGUACCCUAAAUCAUGCAUGAUUUGAGUCCUUAAGAUUGAGUCUUCUGUUUUUCAGAAUGUAAGAUUUCCUGAGACUCCUUGCUUACAUGUCAGUCCUGACGAUAGCCAUUCUGAACCUCCUCGAGUAGCAUUUCCCUUCUAGGAACAGACUAAGAACACUAGGGGCACCAAGAAAAGAGCAGGACCAGAGGAAGAAAUGCAUCACUUUUGACCCCAUCCAGUGGCUCUUCUGACAACAGUUUUCCAAAGAUGGAAUGGCUGUUAUUUUUGUUCUGUGUGAAACAAGUGAAUCCAAAAAAAAAAAAAGUAACUUGUGUUUACUCCCUAAUGAUUUUUUAAUUUGAAUUUUUGUUGGGUUAUAGUUAACGUAAGUUGUUUUUAUUUAUUAUUUUUAGUUUUAGUUUUUUUGUAACUAUUUUUUCCUGAUGUAUUCAUGGAAAAUACUUGUUGCCAGGUGACCCUAGUACUGUGCCUUCUCCCACUGCCUCUGCUCUAACCCUACAUGGCUGCUUCUGGUCAUAGAGUACAGCUGUACUGAAAAACAAGGUGAAUUCAUCCUGCGCUUGAAAUCGGUGCCUGUGAGGACUAGUAACCAGCUUAAUUAUGACACCCUAAGUUUUGGCACCAACUUUGAAGCAGAACCUGUUCUCUGUUAAUAAUAAACAGUUGGUAUUGAAUUCAUAGAUAAAUUAAUUAGACUAUUCUUUAAUGAAGUUUUAUCAGGUUCAGUUUUACUGCUCAAAUAGCUGCUCUAAUCUCACUUGGGAAAAAUAUUCUAAGGCUUUUACAGAUAACCACUUAACUGUAACUUCCAUUUUUUAAAAAAAGGAAUAUAGAUAUGGUGUUUGUAAUUCUCUAAAAUUGAGGUGCUUUUGCCCACUGAUGGCACAUUCUGCAAAGGGCUGUGAACUGUCUUUAAAGUCCCCUCUGUAUGUAAAUUUACUUCACACUGAAAACAAUGCCAAAUUUAACGAAAUUUGGGGUAUGAUUCUGGCAACACUGAAAUCCAGGUGAUAAGUAAGCCGUGCGUCCAUAACCAGAGUUUGAAAAGCUGCUACUUUGGGAGAAUGUAAUUGCUAUUAAGCUUCUGUCAAGGAUGUAAGGAUUUAAGUGAGCCUGAAAAGAAUUUCAGCUAAUAGUAUGGGUUUGGUUUGAUUAUCGAACUACAACGAAAGAAUCCUGACUUCAACUAAAGGAGUUUCAUGUUAUUAAACACUAUGUGAUUUUAAACAACAAAAAAAAACCCUUUUCUAGUUUUAUACUUCAUUCCCAAAUGUUUUCUUAUACUUUCAGAGCUAACAGAUUACAAGUGAUAUACUCUCACAGAUUUGAUCAAGUUCAGACCAGUUAAUAGGAUGCUUAGACCAGUUAAUCGGAUGCUGCGAUUUAUAGGUGUUAUGUUCUCGUGUACUCUGAGUAAAGUAUAUAUAAUUGGAUAUGUACAGUUGAUGAGAAUGUCUUCUAAAAUCACUUUAGGCUGUAAGUCAUCUAUUGGUACUUUAUGAAUUUUGUCUUACAUACCUUAUAUCACUUAUAUAAAUUAUCCUAGAUCCUGUGAGAACAUAGGACCACUUACAAAGUUGGUAUUUUUGAUCCAGAUUGCAAAUAGAUUAAAAUUAAAUUUCCCAAUAUAUUUUAAGAUUUUCCUUUAAGAUUCAGUCGAACAUUUCUACACUAAACAGCAAACUUGAGCACUCGGUUCCUCAAUUGUGCCCUUGGAAGGUCUAUGUGUAAAAGAAAUCUGAAAUUCAACUAUAGGAUAACUUGUUAAAUAAAAACAAGCAAAAUAAUAUACUUGGUAAACACUUGAAGGAAAAACUCUCCAAUUGGUUUGUUUUUUACUUGAUUAAAUAAUAAACUAUUUAGAAGAGGAAGUACUAUCAACUAUAAUCCCCAGUGCCUUGAACUCCUUUGGAGGAAUAGCAUUUAAAAAUUCAACAGGCAAAUGUUUAGGUGCUAAUUAUAAAGUAUUUCUAGUUUGGACAGAAAAAGGAAAAAUAUCUCACACGAGAUGGUUCCAUCUGCUUGGAGCCUGGUCACUUUCUACCAAAGAAAUUAGAGAAGUGAGUCAGGUCCAGGUGAUGGUGUCUACUACAUAUUUAAAGUGGCUCUGUUGAGAAGCGGGUACAUUGACCAGGGAUGGCAUUGAUGCCAAGUUUGUGAUGGUGGAAGCUUCAGCCUCUUAGGCAGAACAUGCUUUUGCAGCACUUAACGAAAAAGAUCUCUGCAUUUUGGGAAUUGUCCACUGUUUGUUAAAUUAAUUGUAACUAAAUACCAAAAACUGCCAUUUUUCAUGACUCCCACCUUUAUUUUUUUUCCUUGUAAAUAAUCCCUACUAGAAAAUAACCAUUAACUGGAAUGUUUCAAAUGACUUUGCUUAAUUUUAUUAUGAGCCACUACUGAAUUCAUUUUUUAGAAAUGUACAUUUAAAGUUAAACAUCAGGACCAGGGAUGUGGCUCACUGGUAGAGCACAUGCCUUGCAUGUGUAAGGUUCUGGGUGUGAUCCCUAGCACCUUAAAAAAAAAUUACUUCAUGUGCUAAACGUUGUAAAAACAUUGUUUACUGUUUUAAAGAAAAAUUGCACAUUUAAAUGGGAUUGCUCCCUCUCAUCCCAUUUCUUAAAUAAAUGGAGUCAAGGCUCACACUGAUAUAUAGGCUGUGGGAGCUUUGAGUAAGUAAAAUAGAUACAGUGUAGAAUAUACUUUUUUAAAGCAUGAAUAAGGCAAAAGGAACUGUAUCAUAAAGUACUUGAUAGAGGACAUUAUUCAGAUGAUUAUGCACAGUUCAGUAAAGAUGAAGUCAAAAAUCUUCUUUUAGCUUUGUUGAUAUUUUCUUCUGCUUAAAUGUAUGCUCUCAUUUCAUUAUGUGCCUUGCUCCCUGAUUGUGCAAACCUUACAUAGAUAUAUAAAUAUAUAAGUAUAUGAUAUGAGAGAGUUAUAUUCAGUACUACUGACGAUGCUUUUGUUCUGCUGCUGGAUUAAGUUAUUUUCUAAGUUACUCUUGCCAGUUACUGUCAGUAAACUGUUGUAAUAGCUUUAGGACAGUAGUCACAGUCAAGCGUAAAUUUGUUUUCAGUUACAUGUUUUCAUUAUGUCAGCUUACACAAUCCUUAAUAAAAAUACAUAGAUUUCAUUUAAA